CCAGCUCAGCACGUGACUGGAGAAGAGGGGCUGCGCGUGCACUUGUUCUUCGUGUGCACGCCGUCGCGUGCUGGCCUUAGUUGGACCGAUGACAAAAGAUUCGCAGUCGGGCAGCUGUCGCCCGCGUGGUGGCGAUUACAAGGAAGUGGGCCAGAUCAAGGAGUCCCAAUACGAAGAAUUACGCGAGCGAAAUAACGCAGCUGUUCGUAAAUGUAGAGCCAAGGCACGAGCGUGGAAGAUGGAGGUGAUUCGAGAAUACAAAAAACUGCAAGUCGUUAAUGAGCAUUUCCGAAAGCAUAUAAGCUCUGGGCUUCGCGAGCUGGCGUUUCUACGAUACCUAUUCAUACGGUCACACAAGUGCCUCCCAAAGUUCAUGACGGAUCUGCUGUCCGCGGCCAAACCAGACGGACAGCUUGGUAAACUACUCGCUGGCACCAACUCCCAGAACGAGCCUCUGAUCUCGCCAUUCAAGAAAAGGUUAACCAACGGCAGGAAAGCGCCUUAUUAUCAGAACAUGAACGUUUGAAUUGUGGUUUUUCUUCACUCAUAAGUAUUUUUUCAUUCUAUGUGAUAUAGCUCAAAUUCGUAUGUUAUCCUCCC